AUGAAUGGACUGUAUGGUCAGACUGUUCCAAUACCUGUGGAAAUCUUGGGACGAAAACAAGACAAAGGAGGAGAGAGGUAUAUGUUUCACAGGAGCCGGAUAGUAGUGACUGACAGCGCAUGUGGUGGUGUGUCCUGUACAAACAGCUUAAAAGAGAUAAAAUGUGGACAUCUGAAAUGUUACAGGGAAUGUGUGCUGGGCACAUGGUCCUUUUGGAGUAUUUGUAAAGGUCCGUGUGAGCAAAAGGGAGUACGGAAAAGGACCAAGAUAAUCAAACAGCAGCCAAGCUGUGGGGCGAAUCCAUGCCCUUUCCAUGAGGAAGAGGAGGAAUGUAUCGCGGGCUGUUGUCCGGUAGACUGUCAGCUCGGGGAGUGGAGUGUGUGGUCAGAAUGCAAUACAACAUGUGGAGUGGCCAACAGAACACGAGCAAGAUUUGUCCAGCCGAUGGAGUGUAAUGGAAUGAAGUGUGUUGAGGAUCCUGUAUCUGAAGUACAGGAGGAAUGUGAGCGCUAUAUCAAUGUGGAUUGUGUGGUUGACCCAUGGUCUGCAUGGAGUGACUGCAUUUUGCAUAAUGGUUUAUGUGGUGAGGGGACCAGGAAUAGGAGUAGGACUAUUGCUGUUGAACCAAAAUGUCAGGGGGACACCUGUCCUGUGUUGGAAGAGUCGAGGAUCUGCUAUGGUCCAUGCUGUCAACAAGACUGUGAAAUUUCUGAAUGGAAAUCCUGGUCAUACUGCUCAACAUCAUGUGGUCAAGGCAUCAGAACUAGAGAGAAGGAAGUUCUGGUGCCAUCAAGCUGUAAUGGGACGGAAUGUCCUCCUAAAGCAGAACUAUUUGAAUCUGAAGAAUGUGAAAUCUCAAAGACAAUUGAUUGCCAGCUCUCAGACUGGACGAAAUGGUCAGCCUGUAGUGAGAAUUGUGGCUCGGGGUCCUCAAUACGAUCCAGGCGUCUACUGACUCCAGCCUACUGUGGGGGUUCACACUGCCGUAACCAGACCUUGGAGGAGUCCAGGGAAUGUGAAUCGUACACAGCCUCUAGAGAUUGUAUUAUGACGGAGUGGGGAGAAUGGACAGAAUGUGAGAGGAAUUGUAAUGGGGGAAAACAGACUCGAUCCAGGGAGAUUUUACAAGCCCAGCAGUGCAAAGGAGCAAUAUGUCCUCAUACAGAGGUUUUGAGAACAAAUUGUCACUCCAUAUGUGACCAUCCUGAGAUGUGUAACCAGGGGGUUUGUGGAUGUCGGCUGGGGUACAGGAUGUCAGAUGAUGGCUACAGUUGCCUCCCUGUGAAGUGUUUGUUUCCUUCCAUUAAAUAUUGCCCUCCUUCCCGAACAGAGUUUUUCAGCUGUAGACAUCCUAGCAGCAUCACAUGUAAAGGGUAUGACUACUUAGACACCUGCACUGUCUCCUGCAUCACAGACUGGUUCCUGAAAGGUUCCACUAACAUCAUAACCUGUCUUGCUAAUGGAACCUGGAGCCACCCACAACUCUUUUGUGCCCCUCCCAACAAUCCUCCACAUUCUAUGAAGGUGGACAAUACAAAUAUUAAGGAAAAUGUGAAAGAUCUUUGUGUGUACCUCAGCACGGUCGAUGAUUCCUAUGAUGCCCAGUUUUACUCCAUCCUUGCUGAUCCCAAAAAUAUCUUCCAAGUUUCUGGCUCUAAGCUUUGUCUCAAUAGAAAGGCAGACUAUGAGGAAAAGCCAACCAAAUGGAAUGUGACAGUGAGAUGUACAGACAUAGAGGGGGCAUAUGUGGACAACACAUUCCAAUUCCAAAUUCUUAAUGAAAAUGAUCCACCAAAGUCUGCAAUGCUGAUGCCAAAUAUGAUACCAGAGAACAGUAUGGCUGACACACACGUUGGAUGUUUUAGUGCACAGGAUGAUGAUCCAAGUCAAAAUGUUACUCUGCUGCUUGUAGACUCGGAGCACAGAAUGUUCACCUCUUACUCUAAUGGAUCACAGCUAUGUCUCAAGGUAUUAAAGCAGUCAGAUCCCUUAUGUCUAUCAGAAGGGGGUAAAUACUGUGUGUUGAACAGAGAAGAACAGAAAGUUCACUUUGUCACACUGAUGGUACAGGAUGACUACAGUCCCCCAGGCAUUUCUUAUUUUAACCUCCCUGUGACCUUGAAGGAUGUCAAUGACAAACCUGUGUUGGUGACCCUUGACCCGAAUGUCAUACCCGAAGAAGUUGAGCCUGGAGAGCCAUUAACAGCUCUGAGAACCAUUGAUGAGGAUGAACACCAGGUUUUCCAGUAUGAACUAAUGGAAGAUGACACAGGACUGUUUUCUAUUAUCAAUGGGAGUCUGGUCUCAUCAGUGAAAUUCAAUUUUGAAGAAAGUGACAGUAAAGAAUUUCAUAUCAAAGUUAUAUCUAGGGAUAAUGGCUCCCCAAGUUAUAGUGUGAUUUCCACCCUGACCUUUACUAUAGGAGAUGUUAAUGAACCUCCUUAUGACCUUCAUCUGACCUCAUUAAAUGCACCGAUACAGUUUCCAGAAGAUAAACCAGAGCUGAAGGAAAAUGUCAAAGCAACUUAUAUAGGAACCAUAGUAGUGAAAGACCAGGACAAGGGAGACAAUCUAGUGAUGAAAUUAAUGGAUGAUCUAGGAGGCCGUCUGGUUAUAAUGAAUGCAGACUGCUCUCAAGUCAAGACUGCUGUAGUGUUAAUGUCUGGUUAUAAUGAACCCAGACUGCUCUCAAGUCAGGGUCAUUUUUAUCACCUGGUUAUAAUGAACCCAGAAUGCUCUUAA